AUGAAUUCUGAGAUAUACCAGGAGAUUCUUGAACAGAACAACAAACAUUUUAAUUGUGUCAUCUCCUUCAUAACAGAUCAACCCCAAGCUGUCCUGAGUGUCUCUCCUCAGUGGCUGAACCCUGGAGACUCAGUUACUCUGAGCUGUGGGGUUAAAGAGUCAUCUACAGGCUGGAGGUUCUUCUGGUACCGAACUGUUCCCUACAGAGCUGGGUUACCCUCCCUAUUGGACAAGUCCUACUCUGUAGAGCCUCUAUCUGGCAACUCCUACACUCUGAUCCCUGCUGGUCCUAAUCACACAGGAGGAUAUGUGUGUAGAGCUGGGAGAGGAGACCCAGUCUAUCACACACUCUACAGUGAACCUCAGUUUCUCUGGUCAGGAGACCUGCAUCCUUCAGUGUCUCUCAGAAUAAGACCCAACAGAACUCAACACUUUACAUCAAAGUCUCUCUCACUAAGCUGUGAGGAGAAGGGGAACUCUACUGGAUGGAGACUGAAGAGAUACAGAGAGAGAGGAGUGGAGUCAGGGUGUGGCUCUAACUGGGGAUCAAUAGCAGGGUCCACAUGUACCAUCAGGUCCACACUUGAAAAGGACUGUGGAGUGUACUGGUGUGAGUCUGCAUCAGGAGAGUACAGUAAUGCUGUCAACAUCACAGUGGCUGCUGGUGCUGUGAUCCUGGAGAGCCCUGCCUAUCCCAUGACUGAGGGAGACUCUGUGACUCUGCUCUGUACAAAUAGAAAUCAGGAAACAAACCCAAACCCCAAGGUUGAUUUCUACAAAGAUGGAGAACUCAUCAGGAAUGAGACCACAGGAGAUAUGACCAUCCCUGUAGUAUCCAAGUCAGAUGAAGGCUUCUAUAAGUGUAAAUCUACUGAAGGAGAAUCACCAGAGAGCUGGGUGACAGUGAGAGGUGUAACUCCUGGACCCUCUACAUUAGUCCUAGUAGUAGUGGUUGUGGGCCUGGUUGUUGCUGGUGUUCUACUGGCCAUUCUGUUGGUACUGCUGUGUCGAUAUAAAAACGCCAAAUGUUCCUGUUGCAACAGGACAUUCUUGCCCCCCCAGCCCCAGAGCACCAACCUGGACCCCCAACAGGACCAAGGAUCUACCAAGGGCCGGGUUCCUGAUGCUGGGUAUACACACCUGCAGCAUGGUGGCGCUAACAUCUACGAUAAAAUCACUCUCUCAGACAACAAUGACAAUGAUGCUGCAGCUGCUACUGCUGGACCAAGUGAUGUGAUGUACGCCCAGAUUCAACUCAAAAAGUUGGACAAGAAAAAAAAAAAAAUGACAGCUGAUCUAAAAUAUUAUUCUGAGGUCAAGACAGGGAAGGCUACAGAAACAGAAACCCCACCUGAGGCAGAUUCGGUCUAUUCUCAAGUGAAGCUAGUCACAGCCCCAGGACCUUGAGGGAGGAAGGAAGGGACACACCAUCAGAGGAGGAGCAGAAGGAACACAGGAACAUGGAUUAUGCACGCACAAUUCACACAUUACAAACACACACACACAGACUCAAACACAAACACACACACACACACACAAUAACACCUUGUACUUAUUUUAUUUACCAACAGAUAUAUUGAAUUUAAGCAUGGUUUAAUUGUGUAUUACUGUAACAACUUUGUUUAAUUAUAUGGUGUAAUGAUGAUGGAUCUUAUCUGCAGCUACAGCAAUUUUAUCUACUUUGAUUUGUGGAUUAUUAUUAUUUUUAUUCAUAGAGGUUUUUCUCCUUGAGAUAAAACCAAUUUUUCAAGAGAGACCUGGUCCAACAGCAGCAGGGGAAACAGUUUCAGACAAAACAACUUACAUACACUAACACGACAAUGAACAAAACUAUAGACACACAUACAGUAAAACAAUUACAUAUUACGUAAAUAAACACAAGUGUCAUAACUAAAAAAGCAGCUGUUUUAAAGACAAUCACACUCUUCUAUGAUAUUUGUUUAAACUCCACCAACGUGACUAGAUCAAACCAUUUUAAAAUGUUCAGGAGAGAAUUCCAGGACCACGGAGCUGAGUAACUAAAACUAUUUCUACAAUGACCUGUUCUAAUUCUUGGUACUGUUAAAGCAAAUGAGAAUGGGACCGUAAUUGAUAUUAUUUACUGACCUGAUUAAAAAGGAACAGAGAUAAAGUGUCAUUUUACCCAAUAUGGCCUUAUACAGUGCCUUGCAAAAGUAUUCAUCCCCCUUGGUGUUUUUCCUAUUUUGUUGCAU